GAUCCCGCUGUUUUUUUUUCUCUCUUUUUUUGAGCACUCUCACAGUAUUUGUGUCAAUCUUGUUGCGUGGGGUUCCACAUCCAUCGAAGGAAUCAUGGCCACAACUCCCGAACAGCUGGCUACGGCCUUUUGUACUACCUACUUCGGAACGUUUGACCAAAACCGUGCCAACCUUGGGCCUCUCUACGCGCCGGAGGCAACAAUGACGUUUGAAGGUGCCCCAAUCAACGGUCGUGAUGCAAUUGUACAGAAGCUGACCUCAUUGUCUUUCCAACAAGUUGUGCAUGACGUCACGACACUCGACUGCCAGAUGACACAGACUGGGCUGCUCAUUUUCGUCGUCGGCCAACUGAAGACGGACAAUGACCAGGUGCUCGGCUUCAGUCAGUGCUUCCAUAUCGUUCAGGCUGGGGAGAGCUACUUCAUCUCAAAUGACAUCUUCCGGCUGGCGCUCCACCACCAGUGAUCAUUAAUUUUUAUUUCCGCACUUUUGCAUAAAAUUUUAGAGCUCUUUUUUAAAUAAAAUACUCGUUGGUUGAUGAGGCUAAUAAUUUAUCACCGCUGCUUGAUGAGAUCUUGAUACCGUCGCUGACUUGAAUCUGUUAUGUUUGUGCGCACUCUACUGGCUUUCACUGUGCAUGCGCUUAUUGUCCAGCUGGUAUAACGUGAUGCAAAUCUGAGAAAUUUUAAAAGACUC